UUGGAGAAUGGUUCAGGAAAUAAAAGGAGGAAGAAAGAAGACGUCUUUCAUUACACGGAUCGUAGCGCAGGACGUGGAUAUUCGGAUUUUGCGAAUCAUAUAUAUCCGAACAGACCGUACAUAUGGCAGCCGUUGAGGAAAUUGUAUUGGUGGAAUUAUGCACUGGUGCUGUGUGGGAUGAUUCUUUUGAUGAUCGAUUUCGAGGGUUUUAUGAAAUACGCUCGUCAUAUCGGUGCUAAAUUUCGCCCAGAAGCGGCGACGAUCAGAGCUGAAGAAUCCGAGGAGAAUGGAUUGACCAAUAAUGGCGAACUUAGUGAUGAUGAUGAUAAGCAGAAGAAGAAAAAAAAGAAGAAAAAUGGCUUCAGAGACAGGCGUAUUAUAGAGUAUGAAAAUAGAAUCAGAACGUAUUCCACUCCUGAUAAAAUAUUUCGGUAUUUUGCUACUUUGAAGAUAUUGAACGAAGAUGGAUCAUCAAAACCGUUUGAUGUUUAUAUGACACCUGAAGAUUUUGUGAGGUCAUUGACACCUGGUGUAAUGCAGCCACGAAAUCUUGGCUUGGAUCANGAGCAAUUUCAGAAUGACAAAAGUGAAUUUGCGCAUCCGGAUAGUGUAUUUGCAAAGUUGGAUGUGAGAGGGUUGAUCAGUUUCAGUGAUUAUAUAUUUUUACUAACUCUCUUGUCAAUGACUAUUGUUAUUGUUUUGAUGAGCGCCACGAAAACUAUUUUAAUUGUAGCAUCACCGAAAGAUCUGGAAUUGGCGUUAAAAAUUUUUGAUAAGAAUGCAAAUGGAAAACUUGACAAGAAAGAGUUCGAACAUGCUCAGUAUGAAAAUGAACUUGAUUUUAUGUUUUAUGAAUUGAUAAUGGCUCAAACGACAGUGGCGUCACGCCACCGUGAUCAUGUAUCUCUCGGGUUGUGUGCAAAGAAACAGAUCAAUUCAUCAUUAUCCAAGUAUUUCUUCGGUCCCGACGAAAACGAGGAGGCCUCUCUCGACAAAUUCAUGCUCUUUCAGGCACAUCUGCAUCGAGAUAUAUUGAGAAUAGAAUGUGAACGUCGUGAUGAGGAAUCGAUGCCUUUGGGAUAUAUCACAGAAGUGUCAUUCGCUGAUCUCUUAUUGGUGCAUUCGUGUUUACCUGAACAGAAGAGACGAAGAUUACUCAAACGAGUCAAGAAACGGUAUGGUGCGCAUUCGAAAGAGAGGAAGGGAGUAACGCUGGACGAGGUGGAAGCGUUCUUCUGUUUUUUGUAUAAUAUGGAAGAUAUAGACGUGGCACUACACUAUUAUCACAUGGCUGGAGUAUCGAUAGACCACGACGUGUUGAAGAGUUUAUCGACGAGAAUCGUUGGCAGGGAGAUAUCGGAUCAUGUGAUCGAUAUCGUGAUCACACUUUUUGAUGAUAAUCAGGAUGGUCAGCUGUCGAACAAAGAGUUCGUGUCGAUCAUGAAGAAACGAAUCAAGCGAGGCUUGGAACGGCCACGAGAUACCGGAUUUGUUCGAUUGCUUGAUGCACUCAGCAGUUGUGCAAUUAAGCAAAUUUAUGACUCGUUCCACUCGAUUCAAUCGCACUCUUGA